CCCCCCCGACCCCACGUGGUUGGAGGUUUCCAGAAGCGCUACCGCUGGGGCGCCGCGCAGCUCUUGGCCGUCCGAACGCGUUUGCCGCUUCGUACUUUCACCAUCUAGCGCCAUGAUAAGUGCUAGCCGAGCCGCGGCAGCUCGUCUUGUCGGCGCCGCAACCUCCCGGGGCCCCACAGCCGCGCGCCACAAGGAUGGCUGGAAUGGCCUUAGUCAUGAAGCUUUUAGAAUUGUUUCAAGGCGGGACUAUGCAUCAGAAGCAAUCAAGGGAGCAGUUGUUGGUAUUGAUUUGGGCACUACCAACUCCUGUGUGGCGGUUAUGGAAGGUAAACAAGCAAAGGUGUUAGAGAAUGCUGAAGGUGCCAGAACCACCCCUUCAGUUGUGGCCUUUACAGCAGAUGGUGAGCGACUUGUUGGCAUGCCGGCCAAGCGACAGGCUGUCACCAACCCAAACAACACAUUCUAUGCCACCAAGCGUCUCAUUGGCCGGCGAUAUGAUGAUCCUGAAGUACAGAAAGAUAUUAAAAAUGUGCCCUUUAAAAUUGUCCGUGCCUCCAAUGGAGACGCCUGGGUUGAAGCUCAUGGAAAACUCUAUUCUCCAAGUCAGAUUGGAGCGUUCGUGUUGAUGAAGAUGAAAGAGACUGCAGAAAAUUAUUUGGGGCAUACAGCAAAAAAUGCUGUGAUCACUGUUCCAGCUUAUUUCAAUGACUCUCAGAGACAGGCCACUAAAGAUGCUGGCCAGAUAUCUGGACUAAAUGUGCUUCGAGUAAUUAAUGAACCCACAGCUGCUGCUCUGGCCUACGGUCUAGACAAAUCAGAAGACAAAAUCAUUGCUGUAUAUGAUUUAGGUGGUGGAACUUUUGAUAUUUCUAUCCUGGAAAUUCAGAAAGGUGUAUUUGAGGUGAAGUCCACCAAUGGAGAUACGUUCUUAGGUGGUGAAGACUUUGACCAGGCCUUGCUACGACACAUUGUGAAGGAAUUCAAAAGAGAGACGGGGGUUGAUUUAACCAAAGACAACAUGGCACUUCAGAGGGUUCGGGAAGCUGCUGAGAAGGCUAAGUGUGAACUCUCUUCAUCUGUGCAGACUGACAUUAAUUUGCCAUAUCUUACGAUGGAUGCUUCUGGACCCAAGCAUUUGAAUAUGAAGCUGACUCGUGCUCAGUUCGAAGGGAUUGUCACUGAUCUAAUCAGGAGAACCAUUGCCCCAUGCCAAAAAGCCAUGCAAGAUGCAGAGGUCAGCAAGAGUGACAUCGGAGAAGUGAUUCUUGUUGGUGGCAUGACUAGGAUGCCCAAGGUUCAGCAGACCGUACAGGAUCUCUUUGGCCGAGCCCCAAGCAAAGCUGUAAACCCUGAUGAGGCUGUGGCCAUCGGAGCUGCCAUUCAGGGAGGUGUAUUAGCUGGUGAUGUCACAGAUGUGCUGCUCCUGGAUGUCACUCCCCUGUCUCUGGGUAUUGAGACUCUGGGAGGUGUUUUUACCAAACUUAUCAACAGAAACACCACUAUCCCAACCAAGAAAAGCCAGGUGUUUUCUACAGCUGCUGAUGGUCAGACUCAAGUGGAGAUUAAAGUGUGUCAGGGUGAGAGAGAGAUGGCUGGAGACAACAAACUUCUUGGACAGUUUACUUUGAUUGGAAUUCCCCCAGCCCCUCGUGGAGUCCCUCAGAUUGAAGUUACAUUUGACAUUGAUGCCAAUGGGAUUGUACAUGUUUCAGCAAAAGAUAAGGGUACAGGACGUGAGCAGCAGAUUGUGAUCCAGUCUUCUGGUGGGUUAAGCAAAGAUGAUAUUGAAAAUAUGGUUAAAAAUGCAGAAAAGUAUGCGGAAGAAGACCGGCGAAAGAAGGAACGAGUUGAAGCUGUUAAUAUGGCUGAAGGAAUUAUUCAUGACACGGAAACAAAAAUGGAAGAAUUCAAGGACCAAUUGCCUGCUGAUGAAUGCAAUAAGCUAAAAGAAGAGAUUUCCAAAAUGAGGGAACUUCUGGCUCGGAAAGACAGCGAAACAGGAGAAAACAUAAGGCAGGCGGCAUCUUCCCUUCAGCAGGCAUCACUGAAGCUCUUCGAAAUGGCAUACAAAAAGAUGGCAUCUGAGCGAGAAGGCUCUGGAAGUUCUGGCACUGGGGAACAAAAGGAAGAUCAAAAGGAGGAAAAACAGUAAUAACAAUAAACUUCGGAGUCAAAAUA